AUGGGACCAGGGCCAUCAGAAUUUUGGUCGAGACGACAGGAAAAAGCAAAGACAUCAAAUGAAAGCACUAGAAAAAAGAAAGGCAAACCAGCUGAAGACCAAGAGGGUCAGAAUGAAGCGGAUGAGAAAGAAAAGAAAACUGCUAACGAGGAAGCUGCAACCCAAGUGUAUGCAUCUGACAGUGAAAGUGAAGCCACACAGAAGUUUGGAGUAGUUGAUGACGAUGCAACACAAGAUCUGGAUGAGGUCACAGAUAUUUCUCAGACCCCACCGGUGCCUGAAGUGAUUGUCAGCCCCAGUAAAACACCCUUAAAGUCAGCUCUAGCCAGCCCGGAGAAGAGAAAAGGCAGCCCUUCACCCAAGAAGGUUGCCUUUGUCAAACGGGGUUCAGAGACCAGUUCAGAGUCCAGUCAGGAAACCAGGUCUAGUAGAAGAAGAAGUAAAGUUGCUGUAGUAGCACCAGGCAAAAGUUCAGCAGAACCUGUAUCAAAUUCUAUUAAAACAAAAACAUUAUCAAAAGCUCCUGUAAGUUCUACAAGAAGAGGCAGGCGUUCAACUGCUAAAUUAGUAGAGGAAGAACCAAUGGAGAUGGAUUGUGAGAUAAAGGUUGAAACAUCUGAAGAUGCAAAAGUUAAAGAAGAAGUAACUUCUCAUAAAGAAAAACCAACAAGAAGAGGUGGAAGAUCAAAACAAGCUAAAGCAAAUGUUAAAGCUGAAGAUGGUUUUGGUGAAGUUAGUGCAGCUGAUGAGUCUAAAACUGAGCCUGAAACUUUUGAUAAAGUAGUAGCUAGAAGAGGCAAGAGAAUGGUAAAGGUUGAGAAGGACACUAAAGACUUAGUAAGUGCUGAUUUAGAAAAGGUUGAAACCAGUGAAGUUGAUAAAGUAGGUGCCAGGAGGGGCAAGAGUAAUGUAAAGAUUGAAAAGGACACGGAAGAGUUAGAGAGUGCUGAUUUGGAAAAGGUAGGCAAAAGUAUUAUGAAAAUUGAGAAAGAUACUGAUGAGUUAGUUGACACUAAUUCGGAAAAGGGUGAAACGAGUCAAGUUCAUACAGUGGGUCCUAGAAGAGGUAAAAGAGGUAUAAACAAAAAGAAAAAUACUGAGUUAAAGAGUUCUGAUAUGGAAAUAGCAGAAACCAGUGAAGUACCAGUUAAAAAAUCAAGAAGAGGUGGAAAGCUAGAUGAAACUAAGGAUGAAGAACCAAGUGCAACAAAUGUUGAGAAAAGGAAAAGUAAAAUUAUGAUGAUAGAAAAGAUAGAAGAUAAAUGUGAUGAGAAAGAAAGUGAUAAUGAAAUAAAGGUUCACAGCAACGAUAAACCUGGCAGAGGAAAUAAACAGACUCGAGGUAGAUUGAAUAAAGCAGAAUCUGAGAGUGAGACUGCUAAUAAAAACAAAGUGGAAAUAACAAAUAGAAGAGGAACAAGAAAGAAUGUGUCUGAAAAUCCUGAUGCUGUUGAUGAUGGUGCAAUAGAAGAAAAGGCAGUAAUAACCGGCUCGAAAAGAGCAAGUAGAAGUAAAGUAAGAACAGAUGAUGUUGAUAAAGCAACACAUGUUGAUGAAAGUGUGGAGAGAAAAGGCAAACGGGUAACAAGAAAUAAGACAUCAGAGGAGGAUGAAAGUUCAUUAAGUGAUGGUAAACAAGGUAGUAGUGGCAAAGCUAAUACAUCUAGAGAUAGAGCAACUAGUUCCAAGGGAGUAGAAGAGAAAACUGAAGCCGAAGUGGAAGCACAUGAAGACACUGAAGUUAUAAUAGAAAAAGUAGGAAGAGGAAAAACUAACACUAGAACUAAACAAAAAAUAGUUGAAUCUCAGGAAGACACAAAGGAUAAUAUUAAAUCCCAAGAUGAUAGUGAACAUAAAGUUACUUCAGGAAGAAAAGGCAGAAGUGUAAGAUCAAAACAGAAGCCUGUCGAAAAUAUUGAACAAUCAGACAAUUCAGAAAAUUCUUCUCAAGAUAGUAUAAGGGGUAAUAGGAGAACUAGACAAGUAAAAGAGGAAAGCUCUGAUAAAAAUGAAGUAGAAGCAGUUGGAAAACGCAAUGGAGGACAGAAGAGAAAAGAAAGUGACAGUGAUUCACAAAAGAGUGAGGAAGAGAAGCCGGACAAGAGACAGAAAACCGAGGCAGCAGCCACUCCAGCCUCCAAGAGGAGGUCCAGGAAUCUGGCUGAAACACCUAAACACCUACAUAAACGGGUGUCAGCUGUGUAUACUCCAAAGUCAACUGGUAAAUCAGUCGUCAGUGAAGUGACAAACUCUCCGACCUUGAGAAAAACCACAACUGAAGGUCAUCGAGCCAAGGUCAUGUUUACAGGAGUUGUAGAUGAACAGGGAGAAAAGAUAGUUAAAGAUCUAGGUGGGGAGCUAGUAGGUGAUGUUACCAUGGUGACUCACUUAGUGACAGACCAGGUGCGUCGGACCAUGAAGUUCUUGUGCUGUGUCGCACGCGGAGUCCCGAUAGUUUCCCCUGAAUGGCUCAAGGCAAGCAAGGACAGCGGAAUGUUUCUGGACCCAACUCCAUUCUUGGUAAAAGACGAUGCUUCGGAAAAGAAGUACAAGUUUAUCCUUCACCUUUCCCUGGAUCGAGCCCGAGACAAGCCCAUGUUACAGGGGAUGUCAGUGCAUGUCACGAAGUCUGUGAAACCCCCGGCCACAGUUAUGAAAGAUAUAUUGCAGUGUGCUGGUGCAAAGUAUCUAGCCAGCAUGCCCAAGUCAGCCUCCAGUGAGACGGUGGUGGUUUCUUGCGAUGAAGACAGGGGAGUUUGUGAUCAUGCAGUGAAAAAUGGAGUACAGGUUGUCUCCCCUGAGUUUGUGCUCUCUGGCAUUCUUCGACAGGAGGUGGACAUUACUUCAUAUCGCUUAUUCCACAAGAGCAACGGUAAACGAAAUGGAGGGGCCAUCUCAACAGGACCAGAAACUGCAAACAAGAAAAGAAAAAGAUGAUGGACUAUCUCAAAAUUUUCAAUUAUUCAAUGCCUUAUGUAUUUUUAUCUUUGUUUAUUUUUUUUAUCAAAAUGUUCCAUUUAGCAAUUUGAUUACAUAUUUUAGUUGAACUCUUUAACAAAACUGUUUAUUGUCAUUGCAUCUAUUUUUAAUGUAUCACAUUUUACCUGAAAUAUCAGAUCUCUAAAAUAUAUUUUGGUCUUCAUUUUCAUUGCUGGUUAUGUCAUUUUAUUGAA